CGGCCCGGGAUGCCCCUCGGCUCGCCCCAGGCUCACGUCCCGAUCCUGGCUUGAGUGGCCCAGGGCGGGGGACCUGGAAGUUUUAGCCUCGCUGCUCCUGAGGCGGAUUAAUUAGCCCAAGAAACAUUAUAUUCAUGCUUAGGUGGAGAAAAGCAGGGCUAGAAUUGGAACCCAAAGCCCAGAAUGGCAGGAGAGGAUGUGGGGGCUCCACCCGAUCACCUCUGGGUUCACCAAGAGGGUAUCUACCGCGACGAAUACCAGCGCACGUGGGUGGCCGUCGUGGAAGAGGAGACGAGUUUCCUAAGGGCACGAGUCCAGCAAGUUCAGGUUCCCUUAGGUGACCCAGCUAGGCCAAGUCACCUUCUUACCUCCCAGCUACCUCUCAUGUGGCAACUCUACCCUGAGGAACGCUACAUGGAUAACAACUCUCGCUUGUGGCAGAUUCAGCAUCAUUUAAUGGUCAGGGGAGUACAGGAGCUGUUGCUUAAGCUUUUGCCUGAUGAUUAACCUGGUGCUGGGAUUCUAGGAAGAUAUGCUCCUCUGUUCUGUUCAGUAUAUGGCAAUCACUUCAUCCACCACUGCAGUGCACCCACCUGUGGGCCUGUGGGGAGGGAGUGGGUUGAAAAACUGCUCAAGAACACAGAAGCUUAGG